AUGGUCUCGGUAAUAACAUUCGACCUUAUCCUCGCCCUAAUAAUCUUGAUAUCCAUGGUCCUCGUCCUCAUACUCCUCUACUUGAUCCUCCGCUGCAUCAAACACACCAAAGCGCAUCAAUGUCCCGAAGUCUCUCCCGAGGCUGGACAAACCAUCCGAAGAGAGUGGCUUUCUCAUCAGUUCUCUCACCAACAAACACAUCAAGAGCUCUAUUUGGAUCAGGAGCAACGGGCCUCAUCGGUGCCACAAUCUAUUGAGCUGUUGCCACAGAUUAAGCCCAGUGAUGAUAGGACGGAGGAGUGGCUGGAGAGAGGGAAGGUGGACAAGAAGGUGAAUGUAGAUUUGGAUGAUAGGGACUAG